AUGUCCAACAGCAGCUCCAUCAGCCAGUUUCUCCUCCUGGCAUUUGCAGACAGGCGGGAGCUGCAGCUCUUGCACUUCUGGCUCUUCCUGGGCAUCUACCUGGCUGCCCUCCUGGGCAAUGGCCUCAUCAUCACCACCAUCGCCUGUGAGCACCACCUCCACAUCCCCAUGUACUUCUUCCUCCCAAACCUCUCCCUCUUCGACCUGGGAUCCAUCUCCACCACUCUGCCCAAAGCCAUGGCCAAUUCCCUUUGGGACAACAGGGGCAUCUCCUACAAGGGAUGUGCUGCACACCUGUUUUUCUUUGUCUUCCUUCUUUCAGCAGAGUUUUAUCUCCUGACCAUCAUGUCCUACGACCGCUACGUGGCCAUCUGCAAACCCCUGCACUACGGGAGC